AUGGCUAUUCUAUCGUACAUCUACUCGUGGGUGAAGCCGCGCCAGAGUCGGCAGGACGACCAGUCCAGGACAUUCACCUUUAUCGGAAAGAAGAAGCGCACAAAGUCGGACCUCGAAAAGGUCGAGGAGGAGGAUCACCAACGCCAGAUCAUGAUUCGCAAGUCAUUACAGAGCCGCGCCUCGUCGCGCGCCACCGACAGGGUGGAGUUCGACGACGGCGAUACCGAAGAGGAGGAGCGCAACCCAGGCCUCAAGAGCGACUGGAAAGCCUACGAGGCCGAUAUCCAGCGCAACAGGUCGAAGCUGAUGCGAAUCCAUCCCGGAGUUGAUCGCUCACGAGCCCGCGCCGGCUCCUCGUCGAAGCGACCUCAACCCUACCCUUCCCCUUCAAGCUCAGCAAACCCCCAAUCGCCGACGUUAUCGAUUACACCUGAAAGCCCAGCGUCACCGGGGAUCGGAAGAGCAUUUUAA